AACAUUUUAUUUAUAUAUUUCUCAUCAAUCUAAAAAUGAGGAAAAUUCAAACUCGAUAUAUAUCGAUUGGCUUUCGUGGCCGCGCCAGUGUGUCCCCUUCAACAUACAUAUUUACAUUUGGCGACGAUUAUAGAUAGAGGGAGGAAUUCAGUUCAUAUUUUAACACAAAUUAGCGUGGAAAAGGAAAUUACGGCGGAAAAAGGCGAGAAACGGGCGACAAAAGCAGUGUGUGUGCUUUGGCAAGUGCAUAACUCCUUAACACACACCAACGGACACACAGCCGGGCUGUGAACACACACAGAAACACACACAAAAAAACGGGGCAGCACACAACAAGAACGGAGUAUAGUGCGAAACAGCAAACGCAAUACAAAACACACACGACCGAGGCGACCAGGACUACACACAGCUUAGAUGAUGAGCAGCAGAACGCAGGACGCUGACGGUGCCUCGAUCAGAUUCAGCGACCACACACUGGACAAGGCCACCAAGGCCAAGGUGACGUUAGAAAACUACUACAGCAACCUGGUGACGCAGUACGGCGAGCGGAAGCAGCGCCUGGCCAAAUUGGAGGCGCAGUUAAAGGAUGAGAGCCUGACAGAGUCGCAGCGCCAGGAGAAGCGUCUGCAGCAUGCGCAAAAGGAGACGGAGUACCUGCGUCUCAAACGCCUCCGUCUGGGCGUCGAGGACUUCGAGGCGCUAAAAGUCAUCGGGCGGGGAGCGUUUGGAGAGGUACGUCUCGUCCAGAAAAAGGACACGGGCCAUGUGUACGCGAUGAAGGUGCUGCGCAAAGCCGAUAUGCUUGAGAAGGAGCAGGUGGCUCAUGUACGCGCCGAGCGUGAUGUUCUCGUCGAGGCCGAUCAUCAGUGGGUGGUCAAGAUGUACUACAGUUUCCAGGAUCAGGUCAAUUUAUAUUUGAUAAUGGAGUUCUUGCCUGGCGGUGAUAUGAUGACGCUAUUGAUGAAGAAGGACACGCUAUCCGAGGAGUGCACACAGUUCUAUAUCAGCGAGACGGCACUGGCGAUCGAUUCAAUACACAAACUCGGUUUCAUACACAGGGACAUCAAGCCGGACAACUUGCUGCUAGAUGCUCGAGGCCAUCUCAAGCUCUCCGACUUCGGACUCUGCACCGGCUUAAAGAAGUCACAUCGGACAGACUUUUAUCGGGAUUUAUCGCAGGCGAAACCAUCCGAUUUCAUUGGCACCUGUGCCAGUCCCAUGGACUCGAAGCGACGUGCCGAGUCGUGGAAGCGAAACCGACGCGCCCUCGCCUACAGUACGGUGGGAACGCCAGACUACAUUGCACCCGAAGUAUUCUUACAGACCGGCUAUGGACCGGCCUGCGACUGGUGGUCUCUCGGCGUCAUUAUGUACGAAAUGUUGAUGGGCUAUCCGCCCUUCUGUUCGGACAAUCCGCAGGAUACGUACCGAAAGGUAAUGAACUGGCGCGAGACAUUGAUAUUCCCCCCGGAAAUACCUAUCUCGGAGGAGGCCAAGGAGACUAUCAUCAACUUUUGCUGCGAGGCCGAUCGCCGGCUGGGCUCCCAGCGCGGUCUCGAUGAUCUGAAGUCUGUGCCGUUCUUCCGGGGCGUUGACUGGGAGCACAUACGCGAACGUCCCGCAGCCAUACCCGUCGAGGUGCGCUCCAUCGACGAUACGUCCAAUUUCGAUGAGUUCCCCGAUGUCUCAUUGGAAAUACCAUCGGCGCCCAUACCGCAGGGCGGUGAGAUCGCCAAGGACUGGGUAUUCAUCAACUACACGUACAAGCGAUUCGAGGUGCGGAACUUGGAGUGAAGCUCGAUCGGGAGCUGGAACAGUAAGAGCCAGACCCUCAACCGCAGCAGAAGCAGCUUGAAUGUUGGUCGCCGCACCAUUUGCCACCACAGUCGUCUCUCUAACCACCACCACCAGAUCGCCAAGAGUCGCAUACUCCCCGAUUUUCCCUUUUAAAUGUCUUACCUACAUGUGUAUUUAAAUACUAGCUAACAUUUGUGAUUCCAAACAAAAAGAGAAGAAUACGAGGUGUAUUGUAUGUAAAAAAAGUUUUGCUUAAAGCGUCUCUUCCGGCGCCUCGAGUUAGGUUUAAAAGCUAUACUAAUGUCCCCGAUUUCCUUCCAUUUUGGCUUUGUUUAACACUUAACCAAUUUAAACGUUGUGUUUGUGAACCCGAAAUCCCUUACUUUUGGCAUUUCUUUAUCCCAUAUAUUGUUUACUUCAUUGGGCAGCAGCAAAUUACCCCAUAAAUUUAUUAUUUAGCCAAUUGAGAAAUGUUAUAAACUUUAGGCACGUUAAUUAUGCGUAUAUGUUUUGUAUCGAUUUAUUACGAAUCAAAUUUCUUUUAAUAUAUAGGAAUUAUACCUUAGAACACUCGGAGCGGUUCGAAAAUUUA